GGGAGCUCUGUUGUUAUGGCGCGCACGAAGCAGACGGCGCGGAAGUCGACGGGCGGGAAGGCGCCCCGCAAGCAGCUGGCCACCAAGGCGGCCCGCAAGAGCGCGCCGGCCACGGGCGGCGUCAAGAAGCCGCACCGCUACCGGCCCGGCACGGUGGCGCUGCGCGAGAUCCGCCGCUACCAGAAGUCCACCGAGCUGCUGAUCCGCAAGCUGCCCUUCCAGCGCCUGGUGCGCGAGAUCGCGCAGGACUUCAAGACCGACCUGCGCUUCCAGAGCUCGGCCGUCAUGGCGCUGCAGGAGGCCAGCGAGGCUUACCUGGUGGGGCUCUUCGAGGACACCAACCUGUGCGCCAUCCACGCCAAGCGCGUCACCAUCAUGCCCAAGGACAUCCAGCUCGCCCGCCGCAUCCGCGGAGAGCGCGGAGCCCCCGGUCAAGAAAAGCGAAGUCUCUUCCCUAUCUCCGCCUACAAAUUUAACCGCAAGUACAACAACUACGUGACGGCGUCGCGGAUGACGUUCUCCAGGAAGACCUUCAGCACGCCGCGCGUCUCCUCCAGCACGGCCUGGAUGUUGGGCAGCACGCCGCCCUGCGCGAUCGUCACCUUGCCCAGCAGCUUGUUGAGCUCCUCGUCGUUGCGGAUGGCGAGCUGCAGGUGGCGGGGGAUGAUGCGCGUCUUCUUGUUGUCGCGGGCCGCGUUGCCCGCCAGCUCCAGGAUCUCGGCCGUCAGGUACUCGAGCACGGCCGCCAGUGGGACUCCUGAUUGGCGGAGGCAGGGAUUGUGGAAUUUACCAAUGGGAAUGCAGCUGAAAGAGCGACCAAUCGAAGAUGCCCGAUGGUUUGACAUCACGGCCACAGAUUGUCCAAUAGGCAAGAGCACCGUCGAGUCAUCUCAUUUGCAUACCGCCCCUAUAAAUACGGGCGUCGCCGCCUUUGUAUUUACGUCGUUCCUGCAGUGGACAGCUGUGGCACCGCGUCCGGCUGCCUCCGGCCCCGCUCCGCCGGGCGGAGCUGCAAGAGAUGAGAAGAGGGAGAGCGGUCGCUUCCAGGGAGGGAGGGAGGGAAUUGCGGAGCGGGGACCGGCAGCUGCUCCCGCCCAUCCCCCUUCCCACCGCGCGGGCUUUUCGAAUCCUUCCCCCUGUCCAAUGGCAGCCAGGUCUGCCUUCGCGCUGGCCAAUCACAGAGCGGGGAUGGCUAUAAAUAGAGUCCCCCGCGGCUGCCUCCUGCACAGGGAUUGCUUUUUCGACUUUGUAGGGGCUGCUCCGCGGGACAUGGCGCGCACGAAGCAGACGGCGCGGAAGUCGACGGGCGGGAAGGCGCCCCGCAAGCAGCUGGCCACCAAGGCGGCCCGCAAGAGCGCGCCGGCCACGGGCGGCGUCAAGAAGCCGCACCGCUACCGGCCCGGCACGGUGGCGCUGCGCGAGAUCCGCCGCUACCAGAAGUCCACCGAGCUGCUGAUCCGCAAGCUGCCCUUCCAGCGCCUGGUGCGCGAGAUCGCGCAGGACUUCAAGACCGACCUGCGCUUCCAGAGCUCGGCCGUCAUGGCGCUGCAGGAGGCCAGCGAGGCUUACCUGGUGGGGCUCUUCGAGGACACCAACCUGUGCGCCAUCCACGCCAAGCGCGUCACCAUCAUGCCCAAGGACAUCCAGCUCGCCCGCCGCAUCCGCGGAGAGCGCGCUUAAACUUCAUCAAACGGAUCUUUCAGACCAUCGAAAACCCAAAGGCUCUUUUAAGAGCCACCACAUGGCCACUAAAAAGAGCUGUAAACUCGGUAGUCAUGCAUAGGAAGUAGUGUGUUUACCUGUGUUUCGGGUGGCUUUACGUUAAGCGAGAUCCGACACCUCAGGUAAGUACUAAACAGAAUAAAUUACGUGUCAAAGGAGUUAAAUCGUGACUGUAGCAUUAAGCGGUAUAGCAUGCUGAGGUGAUUGUGCUAGAACAAAUCUUCGUUCAGGGUGGAAAUUGCUUUCUACACGUUUUUCCAGAUACUUAUAUUUUGGCUGUUAAGGAAAAUGUUGUAAUCAUUGGCUUUCCUUUUCUGAAGGGGAAGAUAGUCAGCUGGAAUAUGUAUUUUUUUUAUCCGUUCAGCUGCGUGUCCGUAAAGCUUUCGUACAAACUGCCUGAAUUCAUAAAGGGGUGGACCUUUACUGAAUUCUGCAGUCACGACUAGAGAAUUUAAGUUUGUUGUAAAUGCUUUCUGCUGUGCUGCGUAUACUCUAUGUUCUCGUGGUAACGUUACAGCUAGUUUUCCUUUCCAGACAUUUUUUUAUUAUUGUUAUUUCUGGAGGACUCUGGGGGCUUGGGUUUUUUCGGAAGCUGCAAGAAGUCCUUUCCCGCCUUUCCUGGAAGGGCGCUUGGCCAGUAGUUUUUCCAGUGUUUUAUCACUCCUAGUCUGAGUAUUCCUGUCGUGAGAGACGUCUCGCGGGCAUUUUUAGCCCUUCGCAAGCACCCACAUUUAUUUCGAGGUAAAUGUAUUUCCAAAGAGUUGGGGCAGGGCAAAGGCCAGGGUUUUUUCUGCGAGUCACGUUUUAUGAGUUGUGCUUUUUCCUGGUGUCUUCUCUAGGACACACUCGUGGCAUCCUUAACGUUUCUGAAUAUCCUGUAUGAAUUAUUAGAGAUGUCAGUUUAGAUCAAUUUUCUCCAUCACUGUUGAGGUUCCCGAAAAGAUUUUCUGAAGUUACCACAGAGGAAGUGUUUUCCAAGGAAUAUCUGUGACUAAAAACUUAUCAAGUCUAGAAUUAUUUUUAAAUGGAGACUCUUCCUUGUCUGUUGUAUUCAGUGAUUUUUGUGAUCCUACCUGGAAAACAGAUUUUUCCCUGACUGUAAAUUCAGUUGCACAUCCCCUUGCUCUCCUGCUUGAUAGAUCUACAGUUGGUGACUGAGAAAUUUACAUUUCAAAAAUAAUUUCUGACUUUACUUCGCCUUUCUUUUUGUUUGUUUGGAUUUUGUUGUUGUUGUUCUGGUUUUUUGUUGGGAUUUUUUUGUUUGUUUGAUGUUUUUUGUUUGCUGGUUUGGUUAGUUUGUCUGGUUUAAUACUGCAGGUCGUUUUGUAUAAUUUAGGGACCUUCCUGUUUCAUUGAAUUAUUGGAAGUAAUGCCCUUUUCUCUGCUACAAAACAGUACCUGUGCCUUUAAGAAGCGGUUGGAUUGAGUUGAACACAGCCCUCAUUUUAACUCGGAAACAAAGAGUCCCCGAGAAUUGCUUAGAGGAAAUAUUUCUUCUGAAAAGCGUAAAACCUGCAAGACUCUUAGUUCUCUCUUAACUGCUGAUACGCUUCAUCUUAUUAAUUUUCCUUUCUCUGUGUCAGGAACUUGGACUCUGCAGCAAAAUCUGACCAAUCAAGUGCCUCGGCACACCAUUUUCUUUCUUCCUGUUUUCUCACUUUCAGCCAUUUUCUGAUACUUAACCUCGGAGGGAUAAAAGGGAGGGGGGAAGGCAUAGGGAAUAGUGCUUUGAGGAUUAAGAAAUCUCUGCUCUGAUUUAUUCAUCCCACCACAUUUAUUCGUUGACAUAGGACUUGUAUUUUUCAGAACAGAUUUUUGUUUUCUUUGAGCAGAAUACCAAUGGGAUUACAGCAAUGAAUUUUAGUGAAAACAAACUCAUUUCCUAUUACUGUCUGUCAUAGACAAAUAUCUAUUUAUUAAUCUGAACCUGUUUAUAUAUGCUUAUAAUCAAAAAUGCAAUAAAUCAAUUAAAAGUAAGCCAGUGGUCAAAACAUUUGGGUCAAAAAUUAUGCACUUUUUUUUUCCAUGUGCAAGAUAUAAAUUAUUUUUGAGGAGUGAGAUGGGGAAACAGGUUUAAUUUUCCUUAAUGUCUCUCAUUUUUCAUCUAAUCUUUUCAAGAUCUCAGACUGUUAAUAAAUAAAGUAUUAUAGGGACUCAUUCAGAGAGUUGCAUGCUUGAAUUGUAAAAAACACUUAACACUCCCAUCAGCUGAGAAAAAAACAGAUGUGCGGUGAUCUUUUUUUCAGGAAGGGAGAGCUCAUAUAAACCCUAAAUUAUAAUGUCUAAGUCUGAAGUAGUUUUGGGGUGUAUUAUAAAAGGGUGUAAUUUACACAUAGAUGACUUAGUGCAAGACUUCAUAACUCAAAGUGAGAAUAAAAGUGGAGGUUCCUCUUGUGCCAGCAAGGUUUAGCUGCAUUUCUGUGCUUUUUGCAGGAGAGCCUGAGAUAAAUGGAUGCUGCCAAGUAGAAGCUGGACGUGAGCAAGACCUGUGUGCUGACCAGCUGGGCAUUGACUUGUAAAUUGCUGUUGGUACUCAGGUAAGAUGCUUUUACAGGUGAUCUUGGAUUCCCAGCAACGUACUUGGCUAAGACAGUUCUGGGCUCUUUAUUCAUCCUCCAUGGAUGAACUGACUCAAAUUCAAAUCACUGCAUGGAAAAAUGUACUUCCUGACAGUCCAAUGGGUAAGAUACAGCAUAGCUACUGAGGUCCUGGUGAAAUACUUCAUUUCAUCAGAAAUACAUAAGAGAAGGUCUGACGAAAGCAUCUUUCUAGAACUAAAAUAUUUGAAUCAGUCCUGCCUGGCACCUAUUAGUUUCUAAAAAAAUCUGAAUAGAUAUAUCCAUAUGAAAAGGAGAUGAGAUUUUAGUUUCAAUUACCUAUUGUAAUGUACAUAUUUUGUAAAGGUGAUAUGGAGGUGGUUUCCAUUCAAACCAGUAUGCAAAGAUAGUUCCUUAACAUGUUUUCAUUUGCAAAUCCCUCUUGUGGAAUCACCUAUUGGUUACAGUCUUCAGUAAUCAGCAGUGAUUCAGACUUCAAAAGUGAAGUCUGAGCUUAGCCAGCCUCAGCUCUCCUACAAGCCUGGCCAGUACUGCCCUGCUGCAUCAUUGCCUCUCUCUUCUUUCCCACUUUUGAUUCAUGUUGUAUCUUCAAGCUAGAUAUAAGCAGGUUUCAGAUUGCAGAUGUGCAAACAACAUUGUCGAAACAGUAUGAACAUCUGUUAAGAUUUCGUAUUAUGUAUCAGAAAGUACUUUGUCAGAUACUGUUGCCAUGGAUUUAGUUGUACUGGCCACAACAACUGGGUCUGAUCCUAGGAUCCUGCUAAUUAAUGCACUCUUCUAAGUGAAGGUUUCCAAUUUGUCUUUUAUUAGUUCUCAGCUUACAACUUGAGCUUUGGUGGAUCUGGAGAGUGACCACUACACCAGAAAUUAUUCCUCAAUCACACAUGUACCACCCAGCACUCCACUUAAGUCCAUCACUUGUUCCUGGUCAGCUGUCUCUUGAUUUUUAUUUUUUUUAAUUGCUUUUAACUGCUGUGUAGGUGUCUUUUGUCUGACAUUAUCUUAGUCCUUGGAAUUGUUUCUUUAGUCCUUCCUUACCUUUUUCAUUCUGCUUUUGGCUAGUUGUAUAUUAGCAACAUCAGUUUCUCAACAAAAACUUUUCUUUUUGUCAGCUCUUGUGGCCUAAUGCAACAACCACUUCAGCUAUUUGUGCUAAGCCACUAGUACUUCAUGAGACUGUGGAGAAAGAAGAACACAGUUAAUAAAAUUUCCUCUGUAAGACCAUGAAGCAACAGAAAAUGGAAAGCUCUGUUCUCAGUAAGCUGAUAGAGCAAUAAAAGGGACUAGUAAUAAAAAACCCCAACAAAUUAGAGGAACAUAAUAUAUAAAAACAAUGCAAAACAAGUUUGAAUUAAAACCAUUUGUACAUAAAAAAUGUAAACCGAACUGGUUGGAGGUCUCAGCCCCAAGCUGCAAUGAUGGAUAGAGUUCAGUGAAACAAAUCCUACAGCUCCAGGGACACUGGGGCUGCAAAAGACAUAUCCCAGCAUUGCUACUUCCACACUAUUCUCACCUGUGCCACCCACGGUGCCCUGCACCUCAGUCUAAAGUUGCUUUUAGGUUUGGCUUCAGGUUCAAGGAACCACAAAGCCUAGAGCUCCAGGGACACUGAUGCUGCAAAAGGCAUGACAAGGGGAGCAUGGCACUGCCCCAGCAUUGCUUUCUCCUCACCUUUCUCAUCUGGACCACCCACUAUGUUUUGGGUCAGCAUUAAUGUUCAGAGUCCACACACAGUGAGGCUGCAAAAGGCAUGCCAAGAGGAGCAUGACACUGCCCCAACACAACUCCUUCCACAUCUUUCCCAUCUAGGCCAUCCAUGGCGCUGCACACCUCAAUCUUAGCCGAUGACUGCCUUUAGGGCUAGGGUUAGGUUAAGGUUUCAGAGUCACAAACCUAGAAUUGCAGAGACACUGGGGCUCCAAAGAGCUUCCAAGGGGAGCACAGCACUGCCCCAACAUUGCUCCCUCCACACUUUUCUCAUGUGUGCUUUUUCAAGUUUUCAUAUAUUGACACUCUAUGGCUUCAGUUCCAUUUCUAUCUUUCACACUCUUUAAUCUCUAAGCACUGAGAUUUUGCUAGCACAGUACUGUGAAGAUACAUUCCAUCUUUAUAAUCAGAAAAGUCUGUACUCUGCUAUGCUGUCAUCUGUUUUCUUUCUCACGCAGAAUUUAAAUGUUUUAAAGAUAUUUAAAAACCUAAUCAAAUAUCCUUUGUGUCCUUAUUGCUUGUUUCUACUUUCUACCCUUCCCCAAGAUAAUAUAUUUUUGAAGAUCUCCCAACAUUUUUUUGCAUACCUGCACCAUACCAUGAAUAUUUGAUAUAUUUACGACCACCCCCUUUCUCUCUUCACCUGGAUUUUUGAUUUGUAUGUUAUUACAAGCACAGUUAUUACAACCUGUAAAGCUUUACAAAAUUCUGGCCUGUAAGAGCUUCAACCUGUGAUGCUAUCAAUAGGUAAGUAAUUGAUCCAGAAGGCCCAUGAUACACUUUUUCGUAAGUGUUCCAUAUGAUCCCAUGCAGUAUGUCAAUGUUGUAAUGAACAUGAGGAUGUAGAUCUUAAUGCAUGAUGUAAGAAGCACGACAGAAACCCAACACCCCCCCAAACCUGUUUCUGGGACACAGCCUUUAAGGAACAGCUGACAGUCAAAUGUAAAUCCUUGUGUGUUUCAGAUGUCAAUUCAAUGUGCUGAGGUUUGAACAUUUCCCAGAUUAAUUUAAACUACUGAUAGUCCAUGAAAAGCAGGUAAGAUCUCCAGUGCACAAGUGCAAUGAUAAGUAGCAUUUGGGAAUUUCUGUAUGCUUUACUGCAGUCAAAGAGCUCAUUGUCCAAAUCAUUGUCACACUAAAAUUAAAGGAGUUCUAAGCAAUAAACAAUUCUAGUUGCAAUUCAAGUUAGUUAUAUGGUGAAAUAAAACAUUAUGGGAGCUUUCUACCAUCCACCCCUCAUCCCCUUCUCCUAAAUGAAGUAUGGUGCUGUUUGUUGAAAAUGAAUGUUAUUUUCCUUAUUUGGGCCAAUUUUGAUCUUCCCAUCAGUUCUCCCAGGCAGAGUCAUCUAACAGAUUAUUGUUUAUGUUUUUAGGAGAAACGAACAUGUUUGGGAAAAGAAUGAAGAUCAUUUACAUGGGUUCAGACUAGUUCACUUCCAGAAGAGAUAAUUUUAAAAGUCUAAGAGUGGUAACUAUACAUACACCAAAGAAAAUGCAGGGGAUUGCCAGCAUUUGUCACUUCAGGGCUGCUUUGGCCAGUAUAAUACAGAAAUUUCACUAGACCAGAUGUGUCACCUCACCUCUGCAUCCAAUGCCUGAAAAUUUUAACAGUCAGCAACAUUGCCAGUUUUUGCUGUUUUGCUGGUUGUUUAGGAAGGUAUGUGCAGAGUUUGAGUUCACCUUGCAGCUGCACAAGUACAGUCUACACAGAAAUAAAAUGAACAGCCAGACUAACAUGAAGUAGUCAAUACUGAUUACAUGCUGUGAAGACUGAAUUGUGUGUGUGUGCACGUGUAUAUGCAGAUAUUAUAUGUUUUGAGAGAUCUGUAACUUUGGGAUCUUUAAAUAGGAAGAAUAGGGAGUUCUUAACAUAUCCUCCUAAGAUUUAUCUAGCUUAACGGUCCUGAAAUGAAUGGCUGUAAGACUCCAUUAGAAGUAUUUCAAAAUACCCAGUAUUUUACAAGGUCUUCUAUACGAUGUAUUUUAAGAACACUUUCAAAUACUAAUACUUUUUAUCCUCAAGAGUUUUUGAGGUGGGAAUUUUUUUUUUUUUUUUGGGGGGGAGCACAUUAUAAACAAUGUUUAAGAGUUACUUUUUAUCAGCCAUUUAACCAAAAGUACAGUUAAAAGUCCCCACUAAUUCACCCAGCUGUUCCAUUAUAGAUGCAGAACUCAACUACUACACCAUAUAGGACAGGCACUCUCACCCAUAUCCCCAUGUUCAGAUCUCAGCACAUUGAAUGGCAUCUGAAACCACACAGCUCUCAGACCCUUCCCGAAACCCUCCAUGAGGCUCCACCCGGUGUUUGCUGUUGCAAAAAGGACGGUAUUGUAUUCCUUCUCCUCUUACAUACCUUUCGGUAACUCUUUUGUUUAUCCAUCAGUCCUAAUGAUGCCUUUACUUAACAUUCUGGUUUCUGUUUUGGAGUUGAUAAUUGCUUUUUCUUUCUAAAUGUAGGCGGCUUAUCUGACUGGAAGAUGAUACACACAUGCUAAUGGAUCAAUCACUAUUGUAGGAGACUCUAGAUGCAGGAAUCAAAUAGAAGACUGACUAAUGGAGUUUAUAAGAAUGUGACUAAGCAGAAAAGCACAGAGGGCCUCGGAUUAGGGAAAAAUAAAAAUCAGAUGCACCAUGACACAUUCCUAAAUGCUUGUAGUCACAGUUCCAAAACAGGCAGUUGCCUAAGUCAUAAAAUAGAUUCUAUCAGUAGAUUUACACAGUUUCAUAAAAGAAGGCUGGAGAGUUUUGAACAAAGUUAUUUGGUGAAGAGGGAAAUGGAAAAAAAGCUAAAAGAUAACAACAGCUUGCAAACAAACUAGCAAACAAACAAACAAAACAAAUCCUAACAAAACUAACCAAAACCAAACCUGUUGUCUCAUGUUUCUGCAUUUGGAAAAGGUAAUUUAGAUAAAUCUAUCUUCUAAAAAGAUAGCAAAUUCCUUUUUGCACGUGUAUCUACUACACUUUUGAGGGGAUAAGGAAAGGAAGGUAAAUGGAAAGAACUAGGUAAAUUUCUUACCCUAAAAUGUGUGAGCCAUUAUGAUUAAUAAAAAAGAAGGAUGCAGGGAGAUGGGGUUGUUGUUACUGAAGCACUUCCUUGUUUUUUCUUGUCUUUUUUUCGAAGAUCUCACACAAAAUUAUGCCAGUGAAAAUGUUUUAUAAUGCUUAUAUUUCAUAAUGUUUUGAGUUCUCACAAUAUGAAGACUAAAUGCAAAUUAAAACAGAAAUCACAUCAAAACAAAGUCCCUAAAAAGUUCUUUAGAAAAUUCUUAUUUUCACACUUUUCGAAGACUUACUUAUGAUUAUUUCAAUAUUGCUCUAUUAAAUAAAAAGAUAAUAAUAAAUUAUCUUUAGAUUAAAAAAAAAUAAAAAUUUGUGGGAAAUUGUGCUGUUAAAAAGAAGAAAGGGGAAAUGGCCCAAUUUUUUUUUAUUAUUUUAAAAUUUUGUUUACUCUCAGUAUAAAUUAGUUUAAUAGUAUCUGUGUCAGGAAGUAAAAUUUAUUACUUUGAGCAAGCAUACCUUAAUCCAGGAAAAUUAGUAACAUUAGAACAAUGAUCUAUAUUUUAGAGUUGACAGUUAAAAAUAUGAGUAGCAUUCCUAUUUUAAAUGGCACGUGUUUAGCAAGGGGAUAACCCAAAUAUUAGUGUAAUAGAGAAUCGUAAUAGGCUUUAAUUUCCAUUAAGGUGCAGAGCCUCAUACUUCCCCAGCAGGAAGCAUUCCCAGAAAAUGAUGUUGCAACCUGUGGUGCCUUCCUUACCUGUCUGUCCUCUCAGGAGAAUUCUUUAGGCUCUCAGCUAUCCUCGAAAUGGCCAAAAAUAUGCUUGAUGGGUAAAGGGUAUGACAGCUAAAUAUGUACGUGUUUGCAUGUGUGUGCAUGUGUUG